UAUCCUUCCCAUAUUUUUCCUACUAAACUUAUUCUCCAGAUUGAAUUAGGGAUAUUGGAUUGGAGGAUGGAGGGACUCAUUUCCCUGAAGUCAAGUCCUGGGACUUCGUUGCGCUCUUUUCCUUCCUUUAAUCAACCGCCCAAUUCCUUCGCCAGACGCUUCUCAAUGGACCUUCCACUCCGUCGCUCCAGUUUUCCCGCCAUUCGAGCUCAGCAGCCGGGGACGAUAUCCCCGAAAGAGGAAGAGGAGGAAGAUGCUUUGAAAGUAAAGGAAUGGGAAGUUGGAAUGUUCCAAAACGAAGUCGCAGCUAGUCAGGGUAUAAGAAUACGGCGACGGCCUCCGACGGGUCCCCCGUUGCACUACGUGGGUCCCUUCGAGUUCCGUUUGCAGAACGACGGCAACACUCCUCGUAACAUUCUCGAAGAAAUCGUUUGGCACAAAGACACGGAAGUUUCCCAAAUGAAAGAGAGGAAGCCUUUGGCUACAUUGAAGAAGUUUAUCGAGAAUGCACCUCCGACUCGAGACUUUGUUGGGGCUCUUAAGGCUGCGCAUUCGCGGACUGGAUUGCCUGGUUUAAUUGCUGAAGUUAAGAAGGCUUCACCUAGCAGAGGAAUUCUCAGAGAGGAUUUUGAUCCAGUUGAAAUAGCACGAGCGUAUGAGAAGGGUGGAGCAGCUUGUCUCAGUGUUUUGACUGAUGAAAAGUUUUUUAAGGGAAGCUUUGAAAAUCUGGAGGCAAUAAGAAAUGCUGGAGUACAGUGUCCUCUACUGUGCAAAGAAUUUGUGAUAGAUGCAUGGCAGAUCUACUAUGCUCGAAUCAAAGGAGCAGAUGCAAUACUUUUAAUUGCUGCUGUUUUGCCUGAUCUUGACAUCAGAUACAUGGUUAAAAUCUGCAAGAUGCUUGGUUUGGCUGCACUUGUAGAGGUGCACGAUGAGAGGGAAAUGGAUCGUGUUCUUGGUAUAGAGGGGAUUGAGCUUAUUGGUAUCAAUAAUCGAAACCUUGUUUCUUCUUUGCAGUAACUUCUAGACCUGCCUGAGAAUGUGUACAGUGUGUUAAUUGAGUCACUCCAACUUCCAAGAACCUUCUUCUGGAUAAUUGGUGCUGAUGACAGGUGUCCACAGUGAAUGUUUGACAACUGGCUUACUAGAGACAAUGGUAGACAGCCUUUAGUUCUGGAGUAGAAGGGAGGAAAUGAAUUCCAAAUCUAAAAUCCAAGAUUAGUUCACCACUUUAUGCCACAUCCCUUAGAAUAUGUACCUGGAUAAGGUUUCUAGUAGUCAAAAUCGAAACUUGCAAUAUAGUGAAGAGAUAGUUGGAUGUUCUUGGAUCCCUGCAGCCACCAAACCACCCAAAAGUCCAAUAUUAAUUCUAACAAAUUUUAUCGGUAACAUUUUUAAAAUAUCAAAUUUUCAAAAUAAAAUUUGUUUGGACUUUUGAUAUUCAGAAGCAAGGGAAUGAGUGUAUGAUAUCAACUUCUAUAAUGAGUUUGUAUCUUUGCAUCUUUUAGGAGAAAAUUUGGUCCUCGCAGCUAUAUUUGGGUGAUACAAACAUUCCUGAUUGGUUUUAGCCUUUCAGGUGUUGGUUACCUCCUACUUGAUGGCCAUUUUGUGUGUAUAAACUAUUAAUACUUUAAAUAAGUACUAAGAUUAUUCUUUUCUCAUGUAAA